AUGUUCCCCUCGCUCGCGCUCGCCCCAUUGCUGCUGGCCGGCUUGCAGGCUGUGACCGUGAACGCCAUCCCCACCAUCUCUGCCACUGGUUCCAAGUUCUUCUACUCCAAUGGUACUCAGUACUACAUCAAGGGUAUCGCCUAUCAGCUCACUCCCGAUGAUCCGCUCACCGAUGAGGCCCAAUGCAAACGCGAUAUUGUCCGCAUGUCCGAGUUGGGCGCCAACGCUAUCCGUGUGUACCACGUGGAUGCUGACGGAGACCACGCCGGCUGCAUGACCGCCUUUGCGGACGCCGGAAUCUACAUCUUCGUGGAUCUUGAUACCUUCACCACCGCCAUUGAUCAGACCGCCCCUGCCUGGAACGAGACUCAAUAUGAGGCUUUCACUGCCGUUCUGGAUGAGUUCCAGCAAUAUGACAACACUGCCGGUGUCUUCGUCGGAAACGAGGUGUUGACCACCGCUGCCGGUUCCAUUGCCGCCCCCUAUGUCUUGGCCGCUGCCCGUGACAUCAAGGCCUACCGUGAUAAGAAGGGUUACCGUGAGAUCCCGGUUGGAUACUCCGCUGCCGACAUUGCUGCCCUUCGCCCCAUGCUGCAGGACUACGUGGCUUGCAGCUCCAACUCCUCUGAGCGCUUGGACUUCUACUCCUUGAACGCCUACGAGUGGUGCGGCGAGUCCAGCUACACCGAGUCUGGUUACGAUGAGCUCCAAAAGAACGCCACCGGCUACCCCAUCCCCAUCUUCUUCUCCGAGACUGGUUGCAACACCCCGGCUCCCCGUACCUUUGAUGACCAGGCUGCUAUUCUCGGCUCGGACAUGGACGGUACCUGGUCCGGUGCUAUUAUUUACGAGUGGAUCGAGGAGACCAACGAUUACGGUCUGAUCAGCUACGGUGCUUCCGUCUCGACUGCUGCGGCUACCAACACCCUCGUUGAGGAUGGCUACACCCGCGCUGGUACCCCGACUCCCGUCUCGCCUGAUUUCUCUAACCUGAAGUCUCAAUGGGCUACCUUGAACCCGACUGGUACCUCUUUGUCCGCUUACAAGCUGGACACCUCUACCAUCACCAGCCUUGAGUGCCCCGCUUCUACCUCUGGUGGUUGGGCCGUUGACCCCAGCUCUGCUCUCCCUACCCUGGGACAGGUCUACAACAAGGAUGCCACUACUGACUCCACUAGCACUGGUACCAGCACUGGCUCUAGCUCCACCGCUACUUCCACCAAGAAGAGCGGUGCUGCUAGCAAUGUCAUGCUUGCCGGUAACCCUGCUACCGAGCGCUUGUUCACUGCUUCCCUGCUCCUUUCUGGCGUUUUGGGAGUGUUCGCCUUCUGGCUUUAA